AUGGCAAGAGAACCGGACGAGAAAUUGCAAGAGGCGUUUUCUCAAUUCCAUGAGAAAAUGUUUGAUACUGAGCAAAAAAUACAAUUAGUGGAAAUGCAGAUAGAAAAAUUGAAAGAAGCGAAAGCAAUUGGUGAUCUCACAGUCGCAUUGAUAAAUUCUUAUCCCAAGAAUACCAAAACCUAUGAGUCUGUAGGCAGAAUGUUCUUUCUGGAUGAUCCAGAGAAUAUUCUAACAGGUAUUCAUAAGCGAUCUAAGAUAACGCAGAAGAAAAUUGCCUCUCUGGAAGUGGAACAACAAUAUAUGAAGCAAAACUUGAAAAAAUUUGAGAAGAAUAUUGCAGAAAUAAUUAAACCGAAACAGGGCAAAGGUGCACCUGGGUACCUGUCAGUUCUUUAG